CUAUUUUCAGUUUCCAUCGACGGCAACUUUUGUUUAACAUCAUCAUUUAGUUCCAAACAAAAACACUUGUUGAUUCUAGCGCUCCAACAAAUGUACACACUCUUAGAACUACACCAAAUGAGCAUUUAAUGACAGUUGGCUCAUUAGAGAGAUCGCUUGUGUCAUUUCGAGUGGGUAUAAAUACCAGGACUUCACUUGCUCCACAUCAUUCUUCUCGUGUUUUUUGCCAGAGUAAGUGAUUCAAAGCAGUUCUUUUCCUGUCAAAUUCAAGCAAAAAUCACUUUGAAAACAUGUCGAUUAAGUUGCAGUCAUCAGAUGGUGACAUUUUUGAUGUGACGAUUGAGAUAGCAAAAUAUUUCGGUACCAUCAAUGUGAUGUUAGAAGUUCUUGGUCUCGGUGAUGAGACUGACCCCAUCGUACCAAUACAUGGAGUGAACUCAAACAUUUUGCGCCUCGUUUUACAAUGGGCUUACUAUCACAAAAAUCCCAAUCCGGCCAAUGACGAUUCAACACGUCAACAAUUUGAAGAAAAAUUCCUUAAUGUUGAUUUAACAACCAUGAACGAAUUGAUUGCGGCUGCCAACUACUUGGACAUAAAAAGCCUUAAGGACGCCGCUCACACAAAGCUGGAAAAUAUGUUGCAACAAAUUCAACAUUAGGAGUGAUUUAUCAGAUGACACAAAAGAACAGAUCCGCAGAAAAACACAGUGAUGC